AUGGCAUUCAGUGCUUCAGUGCCUACAAAUACUGACAUUGGAUGCGAAUCUGGAAUAAAGAGUCCGAACAACAAUAUAGACAUGCCAGUGAUCAUCAACUCAAGUGCAGAGUAUGCAAGACGCCCUCCACCAGAACCAAUCUGUUGGACGGGAUGCUUUCUGCUCUCUAAUGGAGAAAAUUUCAAUCUUGGUGAAUUUAAAGCAUACCACCCAUUUGUAGUAUCACCCAGAGUUUGUAAUAUCGCCAAGAAGAUGCCUAGUAAUAUGCAAUUGAAGAUAUCACCACGAAAGAAUUACUGGCCAAAGACAUUUGAGAAAAUCUCUCCAGUUUACGAAGACAUUGCCUUGUUAUUUUUCCCUGCUGAAGUUGAUUGUUGGAACAAGAAGCAUCCUCGUCUCGUGGAUACGCGCUGCAUUUUUGUCAUGCACGCAUAUAUCGAUGACAUGAUGUUGUUGAUGUAUUCCUCAGAAGUGCUUCCACCCGACUUUCAGUGGAUAGACGGAAAGAGUUACUUAUGGGGAGUUUUUGUGAAGCCAAAGUCAAAGAGCAAUCAUGCACGGUUAGGUUCAAUUGCUACAUGA